AUAAGAUAGCACCAAACACCUUGUCCUGCCUAAGCUGCCUCAGAAAAUGGAGCUCUGUAUUGCUUCAACUCUCUCCAAUCUUCCUUACCACAGACUCUUCACUUCUAAUCACACUCAUCGUCUCCGAUGGCAAUCCUCUCUACCUCUCAAGCAGUUCUCAAUCCCUCGCACCAAUCAAGGAUUGCUCUAUUACACAAAUUCCUCUCUAAGAUCAACAUCUGAAGACACAUCAAGCGGUCCAAGCCAAUAUGUUGAAGAAUCUGGAGUAGUUACUGUGGAAGAAGUUCUACCGGUUGAAAACAAUUCAUAUGCUGAAAUUGCACCAAAAGAAGUGGCUAAAGAAGAAUCUGCCCUGGAUGGGCAAGUGCAAGCAUUUGAAUUUCUAGACGAGCUUGAUAUAAAGUUCGACUCUAAAGAUACAUAUUCAAUUCUCCUAUUUGGUGGCGGUGCCCUGAUUGCUUUGUGGAUAGCAACUGCCGUUGUUGGUGCUAUUGACUCUAUUCCUUUGUUUCCUAAAUUGAUGGAAGUUGUGGGUCUUGGCUACACAGUAUGGUUCAGCAAGCGCUACCUAAUCUUUAAGGAAAAUAGAGAGGAAUUGGUUGCCAAAAUUCUAGAGAUUAAGCAGCAGGUUGUCGGUUCAAAUGAUGAUUGACAUGGGACUCAUGGAGGUAUCAUGAUACUGUUCAGUGUGUGGCCUGCUUCAUGAAAUGAGCAAAUGUAGAGUUAAACAUGUUUUCUAGUAGAGUACUGGUAGUUUUUCAUGCCACCUUGUGGAUAUAUAGGCUUUAUCUCUAGCUUUUACAUUCGGAAAGAAAAUCAAAAUCCUUAUCAAAUUAUCUUCAUUUUUCCUUCAGAACUUGUGGGUAAACAUAAACGUAAACAUAAUAAAAAUUUCUUCCUCUAGUUCCCCAUGGACACUGGAAUCCAUCCUUAUACCGACUAAGACAUGGUUUGGUUCAUGGAUUUGGAUAGGGGUAUGAAAAGAGAAAGGGAAAAUGUGUAAAAUGUAGUUAUAUUUUAUUUACAUUUCACUCAUUUCAUUGCUGGUUUAAAUCCCAUAACUCGAUGGGCAGGCUGCAUUCCUCCAAGCCACUGGGCCGCACUUCAUGCUCUUGUUUUUUAUUUGUGAUCUAGUUUAUAUGUCUGAGAUUAAAAUUGAAUUAAAUGAAAUCUGGCUCAUCAUUGAAUAUUG